CACAGAAUGAGCUUCAUUCUGUGUCUGAGACUUUGCAAGUUGGAUUCGAGGCAGCUGUAGUUAAGGCAUCACUCGUAGUUCUCCAUGGAGCAAUAUUUCACCAUGUGGUCAUGAUAAGUGUGCCCCAUAACGCCUGCGAUCUCGCCAAGACAAUAAAACCUUUCGUGAAUCAAGACAUGCUGCGAGGGACGACAAUAGUCGAUGACAUGCGAGCACUCGCAAUGACCUGUCUCAACCGGUGAUUAUAGCUUUUAUCCUCGCUUACAGACACCAGCACACACAUAAAGCUUGCUUAGACGACAUCCCCGACAAUAAAUCUGGUGAUUGAAAAAGCAAUUAUUGCCGCCGAGAUACGGUUACAUAAAGAUGCUGAUUACGGGUGUGGUCGUUACGGUGAGAGUAGAGGAACAUGAAGCGGAGCCCUGAUCUCCUGGAACCAGCAGCAUUGUUGUCGAAGUAAAUAGUGCACUGGCACAGUGGCUGUCUGUGGUAUGUUCUCAACAGCUCUGGGCUGAAAAAUAUCUCUGCAACCCGCCACUUGCUUUAUGCACUUGGUAAUGCUUGUCAACCUACCUACAGCGACUUGACUCAGGGAACUGGCAUAUACAUGUACAUAAAGAACCUCGAUGUAGGCCUGAACCUGCAACCUCGACACGAGUACGGUGGCCAACUGUAGUAAAGCAUUCGUUGUGGUGGGCGCACUCAGUCCGGCAGAACAGUGCCCGACGUUCACCAUUCCUUUGGUUGAGAGCAAGGGUCAUUGGCCAUCAGCUGCAGUUCCACCAUUGAACGAUGUCCUUCUAUCGAGAAAAGAAUCACAUGGUCAUCUCAUUUGGUUUUCAAAUUGAGUUGUUUGCCAUCAGCCGCAGAGGGCGAAUGAUCUCGGCUGGCCGCCGUACAGCUACUUGAUUCAGGAUGUGAUACUAAUACUUCAACUAAUGUAAUGAGGCGGCGCAGACGACCCGCGGUACCACUGGCAACGUAUAGCAUUUCCGUUCACGUCUACCCAGAACAAUACUCUACGCGACACAAGCACUGCCGUGAACUCGUGACUUAAAGGCACGAUGUGGUUGCCGUGCACCCCAAGCACCUCCCAAUGGUGUGCUGGGUUCAACUGCGUGUCUUGUCCGUCACUAUACCAAACAGACAGAGAAGAACGAAUAUCAUCUGUGACGCCAUUAGGCGAGUUACAAGAUUCGCGAAGAUUUCCUGAUUUCCUCUAUCAGUCAAAUAACUUUCGAAUAAUUGGGGUCGAAAUCAUUAUCUUUGUUUUAUGGUCGCAUGUCAAGUUAGCAAUUCUGCCAUCAAUCAAUAAAUAACCUCACUGGAGUGCAUGCCUUCUCUAAUUGACUCGGUGGCGUUUAUCAAAGUCACGUCAUGUCCGCCAUCAUAUUGUAACUGAGGCGUGCCAGCCUUCAGGGUGAAUUUAGAAUUUACCAUGGUCACCAUGGACGCAGUGGUUUGGCCUCCUUCCUUACCCCUCAGCAUAAGGAGACAGGAUGACGCAAUGGACUGUCCAGGAGUCCAAAUUCACCAUGGUGAAAUAGCUGUCAGUUUACCGUAGUGAAUGAUGAAUUUACCAUGGUGAAAAGGGCAAACAUUUCCUCUAAGGGUUAAGGCUCAGCCAGCGAAUUACGUAUCGGGCCGCAGAGUAAAGACAUGUUCAGUCUCACUUUCCUUGGUGCGCCUACCAUCAUGUGUAACAACGGUCGAGAAGAUUAGCUAUCAAAUAUCGAAUGACCUGUAAGCUCUAUCACAAUACUAUGGCCUCGGCGUAUCUUAAUCUUUGCGACUAUGUCUUACAUUGACAAAUUCGAACUAAAAAGGGACCGCCUUAAGACAGCCACAACACGUAGAAAAUCGGUUUACUAACUAAUUGCUAUUGACAAGAAGAAGAUGGCGGACAAACUCUGGCAGUGGAUUUCUGUGUUUUGUAUAUGUUUCUCUAAAGGCUACAGUACAGCACCAAUAGAAUAUGAUAUCAUAACGUCACGGAUGAUAUAUGACGACUCGGGAUCCGGAUACCUAGUAAUAUAUAAGCCGUACAAAAACUUGGCAUGGGAUACUCGGGCACUGUUGAUUUCUGGUCCACCUGUGACAGGGAAACAUCUAAAAUUCCGAAUUGAUCGGUAUCAACUCGGUCAAGGCUGCAGCUUCUCGCUUCGUGAUUCUGAUACCUGUGAUACUUCAGGCAUAAUGAAUCUGGAUACGACCAACCUGCCUUCGUACGCAUUCGCACAGUCGUUCAGGAUUUGCGCCAAGUACAAUUCCGUUAAGAAUCAUGCCGGUCCGGACACCGACAUCAGGAUCUAUUUCGAAUAUGUACACUUUGCUCUUGACUCUGGAACAUUGACCACACGACAAGGCAACAUCGUUUCUGCGAUGGCCUACUCAAACAAUUACAAAACAACGUGGACAGUAGACUUACCGGAGGGAGUCUGGCUCUCACUCAAGUUCCUGCAAUUCAAGAUACGACUGAACUCAGAUGAUAAAGUCUCAGUUUGUUAUGGUGAUAUUAACGCUGGCACUGUUUGUGUGAAUGAAUACGAAAAUACUAACUCUGACUCGGAAUCCACACUUCUUGCUCUGGCACCUCUGAUCGUGCCCCAGAACAAAAUAACCAUUAGAUUUACAGUCGGAAGCUCGGGUAUCAGCGGGGCUGGUAAAGGCUUCUGGAUGGAGUACCAAGCUAUUGGAUGUCCUUUCGCCCAUCCGCUGGAUCCAGCCCACGCUCAUCAAGUGACCGCCGAACCAAUCAACAAACAUUACGAUACCAAUGAUCAUGUGACGUUUGCCUGUGAUCCGAACUAUGUCCAGACUGGAACCAAUGUUACAACUACAUGUAAUGAGAAUGGAGAAUGGUCGACCCUGGAUAUGCAAUGCGAACCCGCACCAACCACGUCGACGCUAGCAAUCACCACAACAACUACCACUGCUACGACCCUAACUACCACUACCACGACCCCAACUACUACUACGACGACCCCAACUACUACUACCACGACCCCAACUACCACUACCACGACCCCAACUACUACUACGACGACCCCAACUACUACUACCACGACCCCAACUACCACUACCACGACCCAAACUACUACUAACACGACCCCAACUACUACUAACACGACCACAGCAACGACGACCCAAACCACAACCACAACGACCCCAACAACGACAACACCAACCACUACGACAAUAAUCCCAACUACCACCCCAGCCACAACGACGACCACCCCAACCUCUACUACCAUGACUCCAACCACCACAACAACCAGCACUGCCACAACUCCAUCUACCACAAUCUCAGCUGUGACAACUACGACAACCCCGACUACCACAACACCAGCUGGUGCUACAACAUUGCCUACCACAGCUCCAACAACCACAACACAGCCUACCACAGCACCAAAUGCUACUACAACACCGACUACCGAAACAACAACGACUUCGACCAUCCCCGCCGUGCCAACCUCGAUGGCUCCAUCAACUGCAACUGUCCCAUCAGUAGUUGGCACAUCAUCGACAGCUACCACAGGACAGGCCAUGAUUAGCUCUUUCUCCAGCACAUCAUCAGCAGCAGUUUCAACGACUGAGAAUGCAGUUCAAAUGACCUCAUCUCAAAGAACUUCCACAGGGGUUACUGGUACUUCGACAGAGGUUACUGCCACAUCGAGUGCCGGUACUGAUAGUACUUCGACAGGGGUUACUGCCACAUCGAGUGCCGGUGAUGAUGGUACUUCGACAGGGGUUACUGCCACAUCGAGUGCCGGUAUUGAUGGUACUUCGACAGAGGUUACUGCCACAUCGAGUGCCGGUACUGAUGGUACUUCGACAGGGGUUACUGCCACAUCGAGUGCCGGUGAUGAUGGUACUUCGACAGGGGUUACUGCCACAUCGAGUGCCGGUAAUGAUGGUACUUCAACAGAGGUUACUGCCACAUCGAGUGCCGGUACUGAUGGUACUUCGACAGGGGUUACUGCCACAUCGAGUGCCGGUAUUGAUGGUACUUCGACAGAGGUUACUGCCACAUCGAGUGCCGGUAUUGAUGGUACUUCAACAGAGGUUACUGCCACAUCGAGUGCCGGUAUUGAUGGUACUUCAACAGAGGUUACUGCCACAUCGACUUCGUUGAUGAUGGAAAUUGGGGGAGGAAUAAUUGGCUUUUUCCUCAUCGUCAUCAUCGCCCUGUCUGUGGUCAUCUGCCGACGCAAAAGGAGAGAAAGAGAGACAGAGAAGCUCCAGAAGAUAUUCGAUUCGCGAAACGAGGAACCAGACUACGCCUUGUAUGAGAACCCCCUUUACAACGAGGGACUGGAGGAGGACCCUUAUCACUUUGUUGAGGCAAAACAAACAAACCGCCUAUCGUAUGGUUACGAUCAAGACAGGACUCAGUCCCAGCGUGAUUCAGACAAGUACUCGCUUUAUGACAAUCCCUUCGGCCAACGUGCACCUCCACGGAAUGAUACCAGGCAUGAGGAGUCGAUAUACAGCAUGUCCGGGAAUAUAAGUGACUUUCAGGGUAUACCCAGGAUCAGGACCACAUUGUAAAGAGGAAAUGCCAAACAAGGCAACUUCUCAUGCUGACCAACGAAAUAUUGGUGGAAGGAGUUCUCCUGUCCCGCCAUGGCUUCGACCCAGAGAAAACUUUGAAAUUGCAUCGGUCCCGAGUUGAAAAAUCCCGUAUUUGGUAAAUCUGAAUGUAUCUUAUUAAUCCAAGUCAUGUCUUUCAUUGGUUUGUCACAUGCGGCUUGUUUUUGCAAAUUGUAGGAGUGCUUAUCGUGUGUCGUAUCGUAUACAUUGUUCUUAGAAUGAAAUAAAGCUGAUUGAAAUAAA